GGCACUAUAAAAGUUGACAAUUAAACUUGUUUAGAUGUCAAUUUAAACAUCUGUCCGUUGAAAAAAAAGAUCAUUUCUUGUCUUGGUUCAACCACGCUGUAAGAUAAAAUUGCAACGAUGUCUAUUCAAAGCUUUGUAAGACAGAAUUUCAGCCAAGAAAAUUCUAGUGUGCUACAACGAAAGAAUGAAGGCACUCAAUCAGCAAGAAAACCUUUCAUGGAUCGUUCUUUUAAUAAAUCGAGCCAAAAUGUUGGGUCUGUUAAAAAAGCAGCUUUUUCUACACAAUGUAAAAAUAUUUGUUCAUCUUCCCCGAAAGAUUUUCCAGAGUAUUUAGCUGAUAUUUGCACUAACAGAAUGGAUAAAUUUGAAGAUUUUGUAUUGCCUGAAUAUUCAUUUCCCGCUUUAAGGAAUUUAGAAACUCCACCACCCAAGUUUUACCAAGAACUGAAAGGAGAGAAAUUAUUAGAACCAGAUUUCAGUUUUACAUUUGAUUUAAUAAAAGAAAACAUUUCUUUUGAGGAGUUUAACUUUAAGGAUAUAAAGGAACCUGAGGAACCUGUUUUUGAUUUUAAUUUAUAAGUUCUUGUAUUAUUAAUAUGUAUUUCCUAUAUUUUUGUAGUUUCAUAACAAAUAACAUUUAGUUUGUUCAAUUCA